AUGGUGGCCUUCUCGGUCACGUUCCUAGAGAACCAUGAUACAGGGUCUACACAAGGUCACUGGCCGUUCCCACGAGAUAAGCUCAUGCAGGGAUAUGCAUAUAUCUUGACUCAUCCUGGAACUCCUGUUAUAUUUUAUGACCAUUUCUAUGAUUUUGGCAUCCACGAUGUAAUAACCGAGUUGAUUGAGGCACGAAGACGGGCAGGGAUCCAUUGUCGAAGCUCUAUCAAGAUAUACCAUGCAAACAAUGAAGGCUACGUAGCUCAAGUUGGCGAUGUGCUAGUUAUGAAGCUUGGUCAGUUUGAUUGGAAUCCCUCGAAGGAAAACCGUUUGGAAGGGAGCUGGCAGAAGUUUGUUGACAAAGGAUCAGACUAUCAAGUGUGGUUGAGACAAUAA